AUGGAAAAGAGACAGGGAGAUAUGAGAGUGAAAGUUGGGAACAAAAACACUAGUGAUUAUAAGGUGUUGGGAAGGCGUGACUUGUUUCUUGACCCCAGCGUGAGAUUGAAGGCAACACACGGGUUAAUCUAA